GACACCCAGAGGUGAAGGAAUACAGUUAAUACAGGGCUGCCAACGUGCCUAGGGUAGAGUAUCGUUAAGUUAUAGAGUAGAGGAGAACCAUUCUUCCACACACACACACAUACACACAAAUGCACGCAGAGAUACACAGAUUGGUACGCCAUCUUUACUCGAACCCGCGCCGCUACCCGCCAUGCUGCCGCAUCGCAUUCUUCCACAAAAGCCGCGUCACAUCGCCCCGUCUAUUCACGUCCUCGCCACGCGUCUGGCUCAGAACACCGCCGAUCGCAUUACUAUCGGCAACACACCACUACACAUUUUGCACCUGUGCGACGCGCAGUAUCUCGCACCUCUCUUCCCCGCAUGUCACUCCUUGCGGGCCAUCACGGUGCACCUCAAAUACGUCGCCUCCGCCACUGCGCUGGAAGCCUUUCUUCAGGGUGCGGCGAAGUGCUCUUCGGUGAGGGAUGUGUCGUUGAUCGGCGGCGCCACGCCGAUGGAGGCGGCUGCCAUCGCCGCCGGACUCGCUGCUUUUGCCUUCGCGGAGAAUACAACAUCACCGCCGUGUGGGAAACAGCCGCAGCAGCACUUCACGAGACUUCCGCCGCGGGCGUCGUGCGGAAUGCAAGGGGGAUGGGCGUAUCGACGCGCUCCUCAUCUCCCUUCACACCCUUCACCAACCGCGUCAGAGCUCCAGCAGCCUCCCAUGACCGCCAAAGCGCGCCUGCCUAAUCGGGAAAAGCUUUUUGGGUCCCCGGCGGCCUUUUCCUGCCCGAUUUCUCCCUCCUGCUACAAGGAUGGUCACCUUGCUCGUCCUGCCACGGAGAAGGCUGAUGCAGUGAACCAGUCAUCUGGCGCAGCUGUGCAUCGUAGUCGGGCGUCGCUUUCAACUCCUUCAUCUCCUUGCGCGAGGUCACCGGCAUUUCUCCUCGCGUUGCAACAAGCACCAGAAAACGUUCACGUAGCGCUGGAGCUGCACCGUGUAAGCGAAGAGACCAGCGCGCUACUGUUGGCGGGCCUGCGUCGCGGGUCGCGUAUUCUCUCCGUCGCCGUUCACUUGCGUGUCAGCACCGCAGACGCGCGACUUAUCGGGCUGCGGUUUGCGCAAACGGCAAGGCAGGUUGCAUUGCAACACCGUCAACUGCAGAUUCAGCAGCCGAUCCAAACUCCCGGCAGCGCGCGUCUCCUUCACCCUCCAUCCGAGAGUACAACAGCCUCCCACAGGAGCACCGCGACGACGAGCGCUACAGGUCGCAGAUUACGUGUGCGGUCCGGUCCACCUUCUCCAGCCGUUUCGUUAUUGUCUCCGACGCAUCGCGAGUUUCGACCUCGUCUGCCCUCACAGUACGAGCGCCACGGCGCCAACAUCGCGGGGAGACAUGCCGCCUACUCGCCUUAUUCGCCGCACCUGAAACCCUCUCCUUUUGGAUUACCGGCACAUCACAGCGCUUGGGCACCAGCAGCAGCAGCAUCGUCAGCCGCCGCCGGAGUUGGGCAGCGGCCAUUUUUUCCCUUCGCGCAUCCCCACACACCCGCAGCCACCCCCAUUGCUUCGGACGCCCCUCCCCGCGUUCAGGUGGCUGCUGGUUCCGCACGACGUCUCGCCAUGAACGCCGGACAGGUGCGAGGAAGGACGCGCGAGGAUGCCUAUCGCCGCCGCGGCCGCCACUUCUUUUCGUCCGAACGGAGAAAUGCGGUGCCCCCUGCCGCGGCAACGCCGCCGUGCGCGUUCGACGCCCCGCUGCCGCCGCGACUGCGGUGUGGACCCCUGUGCGGCCGUGUUGACUUGGCACAACAGGUGCGGACACCUAUCCCCCCGCGCCCGAUCGCAUCGAACAUCCCAGAUCAUAUGCGUUCCAAGCCACGGCAACCCACUGUCUCCCAGUACUCUGCACGUCAUUCCUCCUCCUCUUCCUUUUCGCCUAUUGUGGUGGAUCCAGACGGCUUCCGACGCGGCCGUUCCUCAUCCUUUUCUUCGUGGUCGUCGCGGUCGACGUCGCCGCAGCCGCGUCCUCCCGCACCGCCGCCGCCCCACUCCUCCUCCUCCGCUACUGCGGCUCGUGCUGCUCUCGCUUCCUCGACGCGGCGUGACCGCUCCUGCCAGCGCGUAGGACCUCCAGAAGGCUGGUGUGCCUGGCCUGUACGUGCGCCGCAUCUUCAUGAACCGGUGGCUCGCGAUCCAUCGCGUCUCCGACGCUCUCCGCACGCCCCAGCAUCAGCGAGGCUGUGCUCUCCGCGGUAUUGUCUGCGUCGCGGCCGCGAUGGUUUUUUCGGGCUGCCACAUCGACACGAUCCAUCCAACACGAACGUGGCGCGGCCGCACGUGCCGUCCAGCGUGUCGCGCCAUACAACUUGUUCGAGUCGCGAGCAGCGUUCCCCCUGUUCGUGCUUCGUGUGCGCCACAUCUCAGAGCAGGAGAGAGGACGCUCGUCCGCGGUCCGCUGCUGGUAUUACUGCUGCCGUUGCUGCACAGGCACGGUUGCCGGCGUCACCACGUACACCCACCAUGCCACGCAACCGCGUGAGAGAGGCGAUGCUGCGAGCUGCUGUCUCUGCGGCAGGGUCGCGGCAGUCGCGGCCGGUGCUGCCUUCGCCGUUUUCACCUCCCUCGGUGCCGUCGUCUGCGGCGUCUUCUCCGUUGACGUCGUUGUCACUGCGGCACCGUCCAUUGCAGAAAGACUCUCCGGCAUUUAUUCCGAAAUCGAACACGGAGAGCGAGACCAGCAAUGACGCCUACUCCGCCAACGCCUCCACGCCGGGCAUCACCGCGCGGACCCCGGAGGAGCAGAAGAGAAGUAAGCGGCCUUCCAGCGGCGCCGGUCUUGAGCCUGUCGCAGCAGCAGAAUAUCGGAGGCGACGAUCUUCGAGUGGUAGUUGCCGUCUUGAAGGCAUUGAUUCUGCCUGUUGUUCUGCAGGCGCUGCCACGGCGACGGCCGCUGCGGGACAUCAAAACUCGUGUCGUUGCGCUUCGCGCACGCAGCUGCCCGCGUCCCCCUCGGCUGCCCUUCCUUCCUUUCUCAAGGAGACGAUCACCUCGUCUGACACGACGACAGAAAGCGCCGAAGAGCAGAGCGACGGCGUUGCAGGCAGCGACGGGUACGUGGUGUACCCCAAAUCACUCAAGUUUCUGCGUGCGCGUGUGGCGCAGAUCAACCGACAUGUUGUGUGGCAUCAGGUGAAGGCUGCGAAGGAGACAGAGGAGCACUCGAAGCGUCUCGCCGCGCUCGAGGUGGCGUUUGCUGGGCGGGUGACGGAGCAGCUUUCCGACAUUUUGAUGGUGCUCACCGAUAUGGAGCACGGCUCUCGCAGUGGUCGCCGUUAG